AUGAUUUGGAGCCCUGGUGAUGGACGGAAAGCGAAGUAUUGGGCAGAGAAGAAAAAGGUGCACAGACGUCAGAAGAGGCCGUGGAAAAAGCUGUUGGAGUCUCUCCAAGCAUACAGCAAGCUGGUCAAUAUUCCCUCGCAGUUCCAGUCCCCUCGCAACAAGGUUAUCAACAACGGCCUUAUAUUCCUCCUGCGUUCUCGCCCACGACUCAGCUCGUUUCUCUUCCUCGCCCCUGAGCAGACGAGCAUUCUCUGA